AUGAAUCUUUCAACUGUGACAGCCAAAAUACCACAAGAGCUUUCUCAUUUGCCAUCCCUUAGUAACCUCAUUCUUACAGAUAAUUUGUUAUUUGGCACUAUCCCACCUGGCUUCUUCAACAUAUCAACCUUGCAACAAUUAGACCUUUCAUACAAUGAGUUUUCUGGUACUCUUCCUUCGAACAUCGGCCUCACACUCUUCAAUCUUCCACAACUAGCUUUACAAAAUAACAGUCUCAGCGGCCGUAUUCCAACCUCUAUCAACAAUGCUUCUCAGCUCACUUACUUGAACUUGCAAGCCAAUUCAUUCACCGGAUACAUUCCAAACCUGUCUAGUUUACGCCUCUUAACUCGAAUAUCGCUUGCUAAAAAUAAUCUGACAGAAGCAAAAUCCCCAACUCAAGAGCUGGAAUUUCUUGACUCUUUAACUAAUUCUCACUCAACGAGUAUGGGAGGUGUCAUUUCUUCUGAGAUUGGAAACUUGACAGGUUUGGUGACUUUGAUCUUCAAUGACAAUCAGUUGAGUGGAUCAAUUCCAACAACACUAGGAAAUUUGAAAGAACUUGGGAGAUUAGUCCUUGCUAAUAAUCAGUUGGAAGGGCAUAUCCCGAUUAGUCUUUGCCAGAUGACUAGUCUCUCGGAGGUGUACUUGAUAAGCAAUGAGAUCGAGGGCUCAAUACCAGAAUGUGUGGGUGAAAUGCAGUCGUUAAGACGGAUUGAGUUUGGAUCAAACAAGUUAAAUUCCAACCUACCUUCCAGUUUCUGGGAUCUAAAAGACCUUGUCUUUCUAAACUUGUCCUCAAACUAUUUGGGAGGUCAAAUCUCACCACAGAUUGAAAAAUUUAAGGCCAUCAACCAAAUGGAUUUCUCCUCUAAUCUAUUUUCCGGUGAUAUUCACAGCACAAUCGAAGGUUGUGAAUCGUUGGAGUAUCUAACUUUGGAGGAUCCAUUCCUCAAUCACUAG